GGGCAAAGCUCCACAAGACCGGACGCGUUCAAAACAUUUGAUACGCUCUGUGUGCGGCUGAGUGUUUCAAGAUCUCUGUUUACUUUUUUUUUUUACAGUGAGUGUUUUUUUUGAAAUUUAAUUCAUCAACAAGUCAAGUUAUUUUUUUUAUCAAGCCAGGAUGUAUGUGAAUAAGUGGUGAUUACAGUUUCAUCGCUUUUUUUUUCUUGCAUCACAUCUGAAAGGGAAACUUGCAACAACAAAAAAGAGUUAUCGACGAGUUCCUUUUGCAUAGUUUCGAGUGUUCAAAGUGAAUUUUUUUUUUCCUCCCAGUCAACGACUGAAGAAACUCGAAAUUCUCUGCCAUUGUUGGCUGUUGUUGAACCACACGAAAGAUGAAAAUCUUACCCGCAUCAAACGCCAGUGGAGCGUCGUCCACGUCGUCUUCAACAUCUUCACAAGUCUCCGGUCUGAAACUGGGUAUUGUCCGGCUUGGCCGCGCAGCUGGAAAGGUCAAGUAUGCUCUACUGGAUGAGCGAGACAUUGGACUUGUUCAAGAGUAUGCGUUCGAGGCCAGGAUGGACGUCGACCGGAACGGCGGAGGAGCUCGCAUUUUCGCUUAUGCCUACGACGUUGCCCGCGGCCGCAGUUCGGGAGCAUAUGUCCACCAGCUUUUGUGGGAGAGACACUGUGGAGGUAUAGCGCCAGGUUUUCAAGUCGUUCACCGCAACGGCGUUACGGUGGAUAAUCGCCUAGAAAAUUUGAAUUUGGUGGCCAAAGGGACGGCGCUUCCAUCUAGCGGUCGCCAACACAACAUUGUCCAUCGCGCUACCGUGACGACGACGACGUCGGCCACCAGCGUCCAACAUCACUGUGACGACCUUAGCGUCAACACAACACCGACAACCACCAGGGAACAUUCGCUUUACUGGGCUGCCAUACAACAAUUACCUGCCGAUCCGGUCGAAGAGCAUUUUGGCGAGCUGGGAGUUACGCGUUAUUAUAAUGUCAAUGGCGAGGUGAUUGACGACGAAGACGAUACCUUCUGCUACUACGAAUGCCACUACCCGCCGUGCACGAAUAUGGAACGCGAGCUGAGAGAAUUCUCUAUUUGCGGACGGUGUCAGGAAGCCAGAUACUGCGGGACCUAUUGCCAACAAAAGGACUGGCCUGUUCACAAAAAAUCCUGUCGGGAACGGAAGAGACCCUAUGUGGUUGAACGUCCACCGGAGCGUUAAUAUUCCUCAUCAGCAAAUUCUUAGUUUCCCACCUCCCAAGAAAAACACUCACACAGUCCGACUAACGAGAGAAAACAAAACAAAAAAGAGACUCGAUUGUACAUUACGUAAGAAUAAAAAAAGAAAGGAAAAAGAAAGAAAUUCGUAACGAUGGAAGACGAAACCAAAACCAACGAACCAGGAUUUAAAAAUAAACAAGUCAGGAAAAGAAAAAAAAAAAAGGAAGAAAAAUGAAUAAACAAAAAAAAAAAAAGCAUUCAACUAACUCGGAAGCAUUGUCAUAUGGGAAUCAUCCAAUUAACCCGCAGCGCUACUAACGAUGGUGACGGGACUUUUAGAUGCAACUAACAGAAACAUUCCUUUUUUUUUUCUUCCUUUUUUAGCAGUCAUUUUUAAUAUUGUCGGGAAUCCUUGGAAAUGUGAAUCAUAUUAAUUUACAAAACAACAACAAAUAUUAACACCAACCGUUUGCCUCCUCCUUCUUUCUACUCUUAUCCGUACGGACGAUGAGUUAUCACUGUACAGAAUUUUAGUGUGUGUGUGUGUGUAUGUGUGUGUUCCACACGGGAGAGGUGAAAGAAUGGGGAUGGAUCCUUCGCAUUGUAUCUUCUUCUUUUUUUGUGUGUGCGAUGUGUGUGUUAUCUCCUCCCCACCCCGGCCCUUGUUACUAUACUUUACUGGUGUUCCUAUACGAUACAGAGAAGAAAGAAAGAAACUUCCUCCCACGAACUAGUUUUUGAAUUUUAUUUUGAAAUUUUUUUGUUUACAUUUUUUGGCUCUCUUUUUCUUUUUGCUGAUCUCACGAUGACCUCUUCAAAUACCUUCUUCAAAACACACACAAAAAAAGGGGAAAGAAAGAAAGGAACUGAAAUAUUCCAUGAUUAUGGGUGGAUCCCUCUUUUUUCCCCAUGAUCGACUCAACCGAUUUUCUCCAUGUUAUUUUUUAUCGUCCAGCAAUGUUUUUAAUUAGAACAAUUUUCCUUUUUCCUAAUAAUUGUAUUGUUUUCCCAAUUUUUUUUUCUUCUCGAGCUUAUGGGGGAUGGCAUACAGUUUGAAAACGAUAAAAAGGUCACGUGACGAAGCCGAUGUCUAGUCGCACUAACAACCAAAAAAUAAACCGCAUGUAACUUUA